GCCCAUUCGCAGCCCACAACUCCUUUAGUCCGCUUCAGACUUCAUCGAGUGCAACAAGGAUUUGCCGAUUAGGAGGAAACCCCUAGCCACACCGCUCAUCUUCUACUAUGCUCUUCCAUUCACUCUGUCAAAGAUUUCACGGAUUCAUCAAAGGAGUCAAGGAGAGGUCAUAGACAGUAGAGCAAAGGGUCAAAAACUAGCAGAGAUCCAGCUGAACUAGAGAUGAGAGCUGCUUCCUCGCCUUCAACCGCCGCUCACCGUCGACCGCUGCUUCUUCUCUGCCAAAUACUUCUCCUUCUUCACUAACCUCCGAUAUCCCAUUGUUUACCGCUGCUAUCCAUCCAUAUCUAGGUCUGGAAUGAAGGGUUUGGAUAUGAUGCCAAAUGUAUCAUGUCUUGCUUCUGGAGUUGCUUAUAUGCCUCAUAUGUCCAGCAACACACAGUCUUAUAAUUCAUCAUUCUCGUGUGUUCUACGCCCACCUUUCCGAGUUGCAAUAUCUUCCAUCAGAAAAGGUCCUUUCAGACCUUGUCAAAGUAUUUUGUCCUCUCACUACAGAGGAGUUUCUUCAUUAUCACCACUACUUUCGCAAUGGAGAAUGUGUGCAGCCUCAUGUGCAAAGCUGAAAUUACCAAGGCAACCCUGUUAUCCUCUCUCACAUACAAAAGCUUUCAAGGACAUAACCUAUGAUGUGCCUUCACCUGCUUCCAACAGUCAUACCCUCUUUUCAUGUGAUACUCUAAAUUCACCAAGAAAAGAACACUUCUCUCUCACUACAAGAGCAUUUAAGGGUUUUUACCAUGACAUGGCGGAGAAACCGAAAUGGUGGUGGAGAACCUUAGCGUGUCUUCCCUAUUUAAUGCCUCUCCAUCUGACAUGGUAUUUUGCUGGCGAAUCAUUCCAUCUUCGACCCUUUGUGGAGAAAUCCGAUUAUCUAUCAAACCCUUACAAUAACUUUCUAAGAAGAUUGCCCAGCUGGCUUUUGAUGGCAUAUACCUUCACAGCUUGUUUUGCUGUAGUGAAGAGAAAGGAAUGGCCACAUUUUUUCAGAUUCCAUGUCAUAAUGGCGAUUCUGUUGGAGAACUGGAUGCAUAUCAUCAUCAUUGUAUAUGGUUGGACGCCCCCUUUUGUGCAUUGGGGAAAUAAUAUUGGGACACAUAUUUGGGCGGCUGUUACUGUUGGGUUCCUCAUGAUGAUCUUUCAGUGCAUGAAGUGUACGCUUGCUGGUAGAUAUGCUGAUAUUCCAUUGGUGUCUGAUGCUGCUAAUAUCCAUCUUAAAGAAAUGGUUUAGAGGCAGAAAAGAAAAACCUUGUGUACAAUUUCAGAACUGAUAGUUUCCUCCAUUUCAAUUAUGUCUUAUUUCUUAUUUUUUGGAAGAGAGAAGGUCAUAUAAUGCUCUUGUGCAUUCAUUUAGUGAUUUGAGUAUUCUAAUACUUAGGGAAAUGCAUUUUAUGCUUUUAGUUCUUCCAUUGAGGCAGCUUCGACUACCACCUGAAACAUGCGAUAAAAUGUAAAUACCCAAAGAGAAAUGCAAGAAACCACUAUUAACUUUCAUUAUUAAAAGAAAAGCAGUCACUGGUUUCAAUUUUCUUCAA